UACCUGGAGAGACGCCGGAAGAACAACGAAGCGGCCAAGAAGUCACGUGACUUGAGGAGGUUGAAGGAAGAGCACAUGGCAAAGAAGGCCAAACUGCUUGAAAAUGAGAACGUCAUGUUGAAAGCUCAGAUUCGAACGCUGGCAGACGAGUUG